UCGGCCCAUCAGCUCGGCCCGCCGGGGCUGCAGUGGUGAAGGAGGCGUCAGCUGGUGCGGGUGGGUCUGCGACUUCGCGGCCAGGAGAAGGUUCUGUCGGGUUGGUGAAGGUCCCUGCUUCUCUUAGGGCCGGACGCCUCACUCGGCGGCGAGCGGGACUUGGCUGUAGAAGGGGAGCCGAGGCCUGGAGCCCCAGCCAGAGGCGGGCGCGAGGCCUUAUCGGCGCCCGGCCUGGGGUGGGAGCGGGUCACCGGCGAUGAGGUGAGGAAAGGAACUGCCGCCGUCCGUGAACGACCUCGUGUUAGCCGACGCUGCGCUUGUCUCCCGUUACCGAUAAAACUAUAAACAUGAAGAAAUUAAAACUUAAAGAACUGGAAAGCUGUCUUCAACAACUUGAUACUUUUGAAAGUCCAAAACUACUCCUUGAACAGUAUCCAACAAGACCUCAUAUCGCAGCAUGUAUGCUUUAUACAAUUCACAAUACUUUUGAUGAUAUUGAAAACAAAACAAUUGCAGAUUUAGGAUGUGGUUGUGGCAUACUCAGCAUUGGAAGCGCAAUAUUAGGAGCUGGAUUGUGUGUGGGAUUUGACAUAGAUGCAGAUGCACUGGAAGUAUUUAAUAACAAUGUUGAAGACUUUGAGCUCACAAAUAUCAACAUGGUUCAGUGUGAUGUGUGUUCUUUAUCUGACAGCAUGUCAGAGACUUUUGACACAGUUAUUAUGAACCCUCCCUUUGGUACCAAGCACAAUAAAGGGAUGGAUAUGAUAUUUCUGAAAACUGCAUUACAAAUGGCAAAAACAGCUGUAUAUUCCCUUCACAAGACUUCAACACGUCAGCACAUUCAGAAGAAAGCAGAUGAAUGGGAAGUGAAGAUGGAAGUCAUAGCAGAACUUAAAUAUGACCUACCAGCAUCAUACAAGUUCCAUAAGAGGAAAUCAAACUAUCCAAGAGGGAAGCAGGAGGAAGCUGUGCAUUUGAUUUCAACAAGGGAGGAUGUGAAGAUGUAGUCAAGAUGCUGGAGUAUGGAACUUCAGCCAACAGGCAAGUUCCUAGGUGCUGAAUGCUGGCCAGAGAACACGUAUCCUUGUUACGUAGAGGAAGUAGAGAGUCUUGGAGUAGACCAAGCAAAAAUGUCAAGAUUGUUAAAAUAUGUUGAGUAGCAAAGAAGUUUUAUUUAGCUGUACCUGUUCUCUUGGUGACUUGAAUGAUGCAGGUGUGUCCUUUGGUUUUGCUGCUUCAGAGUCACAGCUUUAUACUACAUUAACA